CCGAGACCAAAGAAUUUGAUUGAAGCCUGACUUUGUCCCACCCUCAACAAAAUGCUCAUUACAAGUAUUCCAAAUAAUGGCUUUUACUUCUUUUUUCUGUUGUUAGUGAUGAUAUAUGUUGAAUGUUAAUUGUGAAUUGAGCAUUUUUCACUCGACGAAUUGGCUAAGAGAUCAUCAUAAUCCACUUUCUCAUUUUUUUGCAAUAUUUUUUGGCCGGAUUCGGUGAUUAGCACAGAGAGAUUAAGUACUCUUAUUUUAAACCAUCGAUCAUGAACUUUACUAAUUACUCAACUGAAAUAACUGUAUUAUAUUAAUCGUAGGGAAACUUCGUUGGUUUGUACUUAUUAUAGGUACAUAAUUAACAUAACACAUCCACACAUACUAUAAAGACUAACCCUUUCAAAUCUCUACUAUUAUGGUUUGAGUGAACUUCAAGCAACAAUGAAAAACAUCAUUGUAUUGAUCGAUCAAAUUAAUAAAGCUCUUCUUCUUCUUCUUCUUUCAUUUCAUCCUAUUCCAUACGUACCUUUUUUUUUCACUUUCUCCCACUUUUACGUUACAAUAUAUAAUCAUCAUUUGAAAAUGAAUAAUGUAUCAAAACUAACUCCACGUGUAAAAAUCAUCAAAUAUAUAUUUUGAUGAAAGAAUGAAUGAAUGCAUUAUGUAAUAAGUUCAAAUUAAAACAUGCCUUCUCUUCUAAUAUCAACACUCAAAACAAUAGCCUUCUUCUCCCUAUUCCUCUUACUCAUCAAAACUACUCAUCAAUACCAUGAUCGUGAUAAUCAUCAACAAUCAUCAACUAAUCCUCUUUCCAAAACCAAAACCAAUAAAACCAUUUCCAUUCAUCUCACAACAACAUCAACAAUCCUCAAAAGAGACACGUGUGCAGCCCUUCAUGACUUCACAAACUACACCACCAAAUGUGCUUACCUCGAAACCCUAGACACACUCAUAAAAAACGACACAUGCAGACCAAAGGGCUACAUAAACUACCUCAAACUCUUCUACUGUCACUUCGGUCGUUUCCCACUUCUAGGCCAAGCCUUGCUCCUUCUAUGGCUUGUGGUUUUGCUCUACUUGUUAGGCAACACUGCGGCCGUUUACUUUUGUCCCUCCUUAGAGAGCUUGUCCAACAUCCUUAAACUCUCUCCGACCAUUGCGGGAAUCACUCUCCUGUCUCUUGGCAACGGUGCCCCCGAUGUCUUCGCCAUCAUCAUCUCCUUUACGAAAUCUGGAGAUGCUGAUGUGGGACUCAACAGUGUUUUAGGAGGCGCUUUCUUUGUUUCGAGUGUGGUGGUUGGUGUCAUCAGUGUUUUGAUUGAGAAAAGACGUCAUUUUAGUCGUGUCAUUAUUGAUAAAACUAGUUUUAUAAGAGAUGUUACGUUUUUUCUUUUUUCUCUCUCUUCACUUCUAGCCAUAUUCAUCUUUGGUAGAGUCAAUCUCUUCACUGCCGUUUCCUUUUUUGCCAUUUACUUUUUAUACGUCUGUUCAGUCUCUGCCACUCACUUCUUUUUCUCAACAAACGACAAUGUUUUUGACAAAACGACAUCAACAAUACCGUUACUUGGUUACGUGGAUGAAAAUGAAAAUGAAAAUGAAAAUGACAUUGUUCAUCCUCAAAACGACGAAAUAAAACGGGGUCGUAUCUUAGGUGUGGUUAAGUUGACUUUCAAGGCUUUGAUGUUACCCCUUGACUUGCCGAGAAGAGCAACUAUUCCGGUGGUGACGGAGGAUCAGUGGUCGAAGCCGUACGCGGUGGUGUCCGUUGCACUAGCCCCGAUUCUAAUGGCGGUUUUGUUAAACACACAAAGAGAAAACGUUGACUCGAGGACCGAGUUGUUGACUUACAUGACAUCUGGUCUCACGGGAUUGGUUCUUGGAAACUUGGCUUAUGUUACGACCAAUCGUGACGGUCCACCUAAGCAAUGUUUGUUCCCUUGGCUUGUGAGUGGGUUUGUGAUGAGUGUGACGUGGACUUAUCUAGUGGCUGAAGAGUUGGUAUCCUUGUUGCUCGCUUUGGGUACUGUUUUUGGGAUAAGCCCAUCUAUUUUAGGCCUCACGGUUCUAGCCUGGGGUAACUCCUUGGGUGAUCUAAUAGCCAACGUGGCCAUGGCUUUACAUGGUGGGCCCGAUGGAGCCCAAAUUGCGAUUUCGGGCUGCUAUGCUGGGCCCUUGUUUAACACAGUUGUUGGAGUGGGCUUUUCGUUAGUGAUGGCGGCCUGGACUGAGUAUCCAUUGUCGUAUGUGAUUCCUGAUGAUCAUUCUUUGUACGAAACUGUGGGCUUUCUCAUGGCUGGGCUUCUUUGGGCCUUGGUGGUCUUGCCCAAGAACAACAUGAAACUCCAUCAGGUAUUGGGCUUUGGGCUUCUUGCACUUUAUAGCUGUUUUCUCUUUGUGAGACUGGCCAGACUUUUGGGCUUUCUUGGGCUUUCCACACUAUAAACCAAUUCUUCAACACUGACGCUACAGUUUUCAAGUACUCUAAGGCCCAUGAAGAUUUAUGAAAAUUAAUGUUAUCUAACUAUUUAUAGAGAUACCCAGAAGAAAAACUAUUUAUAGAGAUAGGUAUAUUAUAUUAAUAUAUGCAAUAAUUCAAAAGAUAUAUAGCAAAUUAUGUUAUCUUUUGGUAUCAUUAUGAAGCAAAAGAUACAUUAGAGACUCCUCUCAAAGCAUUAUCAAUUAAUAAUGAUGGCACUUAUCAAAAAAAAAAAAUUAAUAAUGAUGGCAUAAUAUAAUAAAAUUUGUGUACAAGAAUUUGUAUAUA